UCGGCGUAGAAACAUUUGAAAUCAGCUUGUCUGUACGCCCCCAAAAUAUUCCGCUGCAGAUUUUUUCCAGAUCUCGCCUGGAGCAGGCAAAGCUCUCCUUCAUCAUCCGUCCGCCGUUUCCCUUCUCUCUUCCACCGCGACCUCCGCCGCCAUUUCUGCUGCCGUCGUUGUUGGCCGGGUUCUUGUGAAUGGAUGCAAUCAGGAAGCAAGCGACGAGACUCAGGGAGCAGGUCGCCAAACAGCAGCAGGCUGUCCUAAAACAAUUUUAUGGAAGCUCUGACAACAUUGUUACGGAUGACUUUGAACUCCAGCAACACCAGAAACUUGAAAAGCUAUUUACCUCAACACGCACAGCAAAGCAUUUCCAAAGGGAUUUAGUGCGUGGUGUGGAAGGUUAUAUUGUUACUGGAUCCAAGCAAGUUGAAAUAGGUACCAAAUUAUCUGAAGAUAGCAGGAAAUAUGGUGUUGAUAAUACUUGCACAAGUGGCAACACUCUUUCAAAAGCUGCAUUAGAUUAUGCUAGGGCCCGUUCUCAGAUUGAAAAGGAACGUGGAAACUUAUUGAAGGCAUUUGGUGCACAGGUUUGA